AUGACCCGCCGCCAAGACGAGUGGGAGCGGGAAAUUGAAACCCUGGACCAGAAGGAAAUGGAGCUUCACCAAUCACAGUUGCGGCUGAUUCGCGAGCAGACGGCGAUAUUCAUCCGAGACCUUGCUGCUCUGCAGGGGGAGGUGGCCGCGUUAAAGGAGGGAUUGACCUCCAAUGGCACGCCACUGACACCGCUGCAGAACGAUUUCAAGGAGCAGAAGGCCAAGCUGCUGGCUCAAGAGCAACUGACUGUGUCGAUUCAAAAGCGUGUUGACUUCCUGGAGCGUUUGCUGGGCGAGUCUGUUGACCGUCAUGCGCAAGAGAUUGAGUCAGCCAAAACGGCACAGGCAAGGUUGGCCGGAGAGGCAAAAGCGCGAGAGGCACAUCAUGCCUCCGUGGCAGAUAGGCUCGGCUACAUUGAGCAACUGGUUGGCGACUCCUUUGACAGGCAUUCUAAGGAGAUCCAGUCGUCGCAUUCCCGCUUGGAAAGCUUGCACGCCCGCCUUGCAGCCUGUGAGUCGCAGGCUGGCCAGAAUUCACUGCGCGAGCGUGUGGACUUCCUGGAGAAGCUGCUGGGAGAGUCUUCGCAGAAGCAUGCCGAGGCGGCAACUGCGAACCAAGUGGCACAUGAAGCCAAUUUGGAGCGCCUGCAGCACCUUCACGGCAGCUUCCAGGACCAGAUCUCCAGCAGGAUGGAGAAGCUACAUGGAAGUAUUCAAGAGAGGCUGGAGCGCUUGGAGCAUCAGCUUCGCUCUGAGUGUUUGUGGUGUGCCUGGUGCCGUGGUGAUGCUGGGCUCGCUUGCGUGAGAGCAACCAGCAGUAACUGGCAGCAUCUGCGCAGAAGCGAUGGGAACAACCAAUUACCGAAUCAAUUACCUUGGCUCGGCAAAGGGACGGAGCAGUGGCCCCACACGCCACCGCGAUCUCAUUUGCAUUCAGAUCCUGGUCGCCAGAUGUUCAGUCUGGUUGCACUGUACUUCGGGCGCAGCAACGGCUGUCAUUCCGGCUUUGCUUCUGCCCACGUCGGUAGUCUGAACCCAUUCACCCAGGCCCUUUUUUUCAAAUGUUUCCGAACUCUUGUGAGAGAACCUCGCGCAGAGCAGCGAGCAGAGACCAAGACCCUGCUCUAA